AUGUCAAAAAAUAUUCUGCAGUGUAUUGGUCGAUUCUAUCAGCAGUCAUGCCGCUGCCUUUGCAAAAUAACCCCCCAUUUUGGUCACCAAGGAAGCAGCCUUCCCGAAUGCCUGCGACAAAAAAAUGAGGUUGUUGAACAAGAGAAGUCUCGCCUAACCGAAGCCGAGUAUUUUCGUCGGAAAUAUGCAAAUAUGGAGGAACUGGCUAAGACAUUACCCGCUGCACAGCCAGUAGAAACAGAUGCAGUCUUUGUUAACAAGGAAGUGCGUUUAGGCGAACUUGAUGUCUAUGGAUUCGAUUACGACUACACUCUCGUUAAUUACACCAACGCCUUGGCUGAAUUCAUUUUCCAGGAGACAAUUGGCCUACUUGUCUGGAAGUGGAAGUAUCCUCAGGAGCUUCUGUCAGUGAAGUAUGACCCCAACUUUCUUAUUCGUGGCCUCCAUUAUGACAUUAAGACGGGUUUCAUUAUGAAAGUGGAUGCCUUCAAGAACAUCCAGUCUGGUACAGUGUACAAAGGUCUUCGGCCGGUCCCCUACGAGGUUGUUCAAUCCAACUACAAUGGCCUCUACAUCCCAUCGGCGUUGCUCCGGGGUAGCGUUCAUACCAAGGUGCGUCUAGCCCAUCAGAGACCAGAAUUCGUACAAAGUAAUGCGGAUUUUUCUAAUCUAAACCAAAUCUGUUUAUUUCAGGACCAUAAGAUUACUCAGAUGAUGGAUUUCUUCGAUCUUCCUGCCUCCUAUGCUGUCUGUUCUGCGAUCGAGAACGCCGUCCACACAAUCCACGAAUCUGGCCUCCUCCAUCGAACUAUUAUCAAGCAUCCAGAACUGUACAUUAAACCAAAUCCUCUCCUUCGAGAAUUGCUCAUCCAUCUUGCCUCCUACGGAAAAAGCCUCUUCCUCAUCUCUAAUAGUGGCGCCAGCUUCAUAAACGAAGGCAUGAAUUAUGUGGUGGGUCGUGAUUGGCGGAAGUUCUUUGACGUGAUAAUUGUUGGCGCGAAUAAGCCGGACUUCUUCCGAUCCAACUCCUCAAAGCGACCAUGUUGUUUUAGUACACUUUUCAACCCCGCCAUUUCUGAUUUCAGGCCUUUUCGAGCUGUGGAUGAAAACGGCGCCUUUCUAAGCUGGGAAGGCGUGUCCAAAUUCGAAUCCGGUCAGCUAUACCUUGGCGGCAGUCUUGAUCUCCUGAAACAGCUCACCAAGUGGCAAUUACAACGCGUGUUGUACUUCGGUGAUCACGUUUACUCCGACCUAGCGGUGAGUUGUGGUAUCCUGUUCCCUUCGUCUUUCACCAUAAUUUUUUUUAAAUCAUGGAUGCACGUUCAAAAAGGUGUCCUCAAGUUCAUCUGGUUCGUUCCACACUGGCAUCUGGAUGCAUCAAACCAAUGGGGUUGGGCAACUGCGGCUGUAAUUCCGGAACUCGAAAAAGAACUCACCCUAAUUAACACGAGCAAGUACCAAGACAACCUGCGUCGUCUCAUCUUGCUCGAGGAGCUCCUAAUUGAAAAUCAGUACGCAGUUACGGCGGUGGGUCAGUCCAUCCUGGCGUCGUGGCGCAGAGAACGCGACACCCUCCGCCAAUUCUCCAAAUCCGGUUUCAAUCCCCACUUCGGCAGUGUGUUCCGCUCCUUCCACAAGUACUCCUACUUUGCACAGCGCCUCGGCCUCUACGCGUCCAUGUACACCUCAUCGGUAACCAACCUCCUCCACCUCCCCAUCAACCACGUCUGCUACCCGCGACGAACCCUCUUGCCACACGAACCUCGCUAG